UGAAGAAGCGGCCACAAAAAUGAAGCCAAACUGGAGAGACAAGGCUCUGUGUCCAAUCUUGGGCGGAAUCACCAUCUUCCUCAUCGUCUACCUCAACUUCGACGAAACCAGCUUCACCUUCACCUUCCCAGUUCUGUGGCUUCCGAAGAUGGGGUUCGUGGGGACGAACUCGACCCGGUUCGUGAUCGUCGAGGACGGUGGGGAUGUUGGCGGUGGUCGAGUCCAGUCGACGGUGUACGUCAAUGGGUGGAAUCCGUAUUGGCUGAUGGAGGAGAGCGUGUGGGUUCAAUCGAGGGCGAGGGUUUCUGAGAUGAUGAAGAGAGGGGCCGGAAUGGGGAUGACCGUGUAGAGGUCUCCGGGCGUUUUCGAUGAGAGGGUGCUCAGGGGAUUAGAUUAUGUAAUUGUUGAAGCUCGAAGGAAUCGGGUGCGAGUAAUCCUGAGCUUAGUUAACAAUUUGAACGCUUUUGGUGGUAAAGCACAGUAUAUCAGAUGGGCGCAAGAAGCUGGACAGAAUGUCUCUUCAUCGGCAGAUUCGUUCUUCUCGCAUCCCACAGUAAAGGAGUACUACAAGGCUUAUAUCAAGGCGGUAAUAACAAGAAAAAACUCCAUGACUGGAGUUCAUUAUUUUGAUGAACCAGCUAUUUUUGCUUGGGAGCUCAUGAAUGAGCCUCGCUGUGUAUCUGGGUCAUCUGCGCCACGUCUUCAGGCUUGGAUCACUGAGAUGGCUGCGUAUGUCAAGAGCUUAGACCGAAGACACCUUGUGAUGAUUGGAGUUGAGGGAUUUUAUGGGUUACAAACGCAAGAAAAAAGUGCAGUUAAUCCUGGCGAAUGGGCAUCUUCACUUGCAACAGAUUUCCUUAAGAACUCAGCAAUUCAGAACAUUGAUUUUGCUUCUGUCCAUGCAUAUCCUGAUAGUUGGAUCCCGGGGGCGAGUUUGGACGAAAAAGUGAAAUAUCUUUCGCAGCGGGUUGAUUCUCACAUACUUGGGGAUGACAUGCUGAAGAAACCAGUUCUUUUCACAGAAAUUGGGUCGUCGUUGCAUCAGAAUCAACAAGAGUCAAGUCAAAGAGAUAUAUUCUUGAAGACGGUUUAUGACAAAAUCUAUGAAUCAGCAAAGAAGAGGCAAGCUGGUGCUGGAGCCUUGAUUUGGCAAUUGUUAGUAGAUGAUAUGCAAGGAUACACCGACCAAUUUGCGUUCGUGGCCUGGAAUCACCUUUCAACCUAUAAAUUGAUCAUAGAACAAUCAUGCAGGCUGAGGAGAAUGUUUGUGAAUAGCGUAUAUCGCCAUAAUGAUCCAUGUGCCUCUAUUGGAUCUUGACGGCUAUUGUGUACGAGUUAGAGCCAGUUGAAGUACCAUUUUAAUUUUGAACGGGGAAGGACGUAUUUGGGCAAGUUGCUGCAAUUGUGAUUGUGUCCUUGAAAUGGC